GCAGACCCGGGAUGGACAUCUCAGCUGCUGACCCUCUCUCCCGGGACGAUAACCCAGAUUCUGCGCACAGUGACGCAGGGAGGAGACAUGGAGAAGCUGUGGCCUUGUCUCCUGGUCCUCAUGAACCUCCCUGGUGCUUUUCUCCAGAUAGCUUCCCAUCCUACAGACCUGGACAGAAAUGCCUUCGUGUUCCCCAAAGAAUCAGAGAAUUCCUACGUGAUCCUGUUUCCUCAGUUACAGAAGCCGAUGAAGGCUUUCACCGUGUGCCUGCAGGUCUAUACGGACUUGACGCGCCCGCACAGCCUCUUCUCUUACGCCACCAAGUCACAAAGCAAUGAGAUCCUCCUCUUCAAGGAGAGGCCCGGCUUGUUCAGCGUAUCCGUGGGCGGAUCUGACGCCUUCAUCAAGUUUCCUGAGAUGUUCUACACGCCUCAGCACUUCUGUGUCACCUGGGAGUCCAUCACGGGGCUCACAGAGCUCUGGGUGGACGGCAAGCCCAUGGUGAGGGCGAGUCUGAGGAGGGGGUACACCGUGGGGUCGGGAGCCAGCAUCGUCCUCGGGCAGGAGCAGGACUCGUUCGGUGGGGGCUUUGAUAAGAACCAGUCCUUGGUGGGCGACAUCGAGGACGUGAACAUGUGGGACUUUGUGCUGUCGCCAAGUCAGAUUCGCACCCUCUACACCACCGGGGCCUUGAGCCCUAAUGUCCUGAACUGGCGGAACCUGCUAUAUGAAACCCGAGGUGAAGUGUUCCUCAAGAAGGAGCUGUGGCGCUGAGGCCCGUGGGGACCACCAGCCCCCCCCCCCCACUGCCUCCGCAGCAGAGAAGCUCUCCGGGAUCUCAUGGAAGGAUGACCAGGCUGCACCCGAGGCCAGUUAAGUCUGACCUUUGGGAGGGGACCAAGCAUCAGCGCUCUCCAAGGAGCUCUCUAAGGAGCUCUCCAAGGGAGUCCAGUGCUUGGACCCCAUCGGGGUGGGGGUGAGGGGGUGCUUACCUGCAGCCCCGCUAACAUUUGCAUUUCCCUUGCAAGGCAAACCCACCCCCUUCAAUUGAACUUUACGGAAUUCUCUGCAUAAUCCAGGAAGAGAGUUUUCCCAGCCUUCUGACCCCCCCAUCCCAUCCUUCAGGAUGUGGUCCCUCUAAGUUACAAGGAUCUUUAAGUCUUCACUCCUUCCCAUUUGAAGACUUAAACAUCUAAAAAGGAAUGCUUUGCUGUUGUUUCUGUUCCAUUUGUUCUUUUUCUUUCUUCAGGACCACCUGAGCGGUAUUUCCGUUACUUCCCCUCCUCGUUUGCCAUCGCUCAGAGCGCUCUUACCCGGGUGCCUCGGCCUUAUCACGGGGGCUUUUACUUUUUUUUAAGGCUUUCUUCCACGGCAGUGAUUUGUUUUUCUGUUUGGCAUCUUGCGAUGUUCCUAUUUCUAAUGCCACCCUUUGGGUCUGUCUGGAAUUCCUUCUGGGAUCUAGUAUGUUCUUUCAACGCUCACAUUGAGCAAGUCCCUGUUUUCUCCGGUUUGCUUGAGGGCUUCAUCCUGUGGCGGCAUCAGAUUUUCUAAAUGUUCCUGUCAUUAAUCUUUUUGAAAUAAAGAUUUGCGAGCCUU